UGAAUAUGCUGUAACCUUACCCCAGUGAUUACACCACAUCUUCCCCAAUGACUCAUUUCCUCUGGAUGCAUAAAAGGUAUUCCACAAGUAAACUCCCUCACAGAUAUUCUUGGAAUCCAAAUGCACUCACCAAGAGAAAUAUUACAUGGAAUUACUGACUAGAUAAUUUUUCAAAGCCAGCUUCAUGGAGUCACUAGAUGAAGAGGACUAUGAGUAUGAAUAUAAUAUAACUUUCAAUGAAAGUUAUGAAUACUACCAUACUCUUUGUUACAAGGAUGAUGUUCGCAACUUUGGAAAGAUCUUUCUGCCCAUUUUCUACUCUUUGGCUCUAAUAAUAGGAAUUUCUGGAAACUCAUUAGUGUUGGCUGUUUACAUCUAUUAUAAGAGACUUAAGACCAAGACGGACAUAUACAUUUUAAAUCUGGCUAUAGCUGAUCUCCUCCUUCUGUUCACCCUCCCAUUCUGGGCAGCUGAUGCUGUUCAUGGCUGGGAGCUGGGAGAAACCAUGUGCAAAAUAACCUCUGCCUUGUAUAUCAUGAAUUUCAGCUGUGGGAUGUUCUUCCUUGCUUGCAUCAGUCUGGACAGAUACCAAGCUAUGUUUAGAAACCAGGACAGGCCAAGAAAACAGGAAUAUAUCUUUGUUUUGAUUGUUGUCUGGAUGGCUGCAAUCAUCCUCAGUUUGCCCCAACUAAUAUUUUCAACAGUAAAAGAAAAAGAAACCAGGCGAGUUUGCAUUUCAGUUUAUCCUGCUACAAUGGCCAGGAAUACAAAAGCAGCUAUUCAGUUUCUGGAAGUGAUUUUCAGUUUUGUGAUCCCAUUUUUAAUCAUGGUAUUCUGCUACACAAGAGUGGCCAAAACUCUAAUGUGGUCCCCAAACGUGAAGAAGUGGAGGGCAUUCAGAGUACUGCUGGCAGUUGUAGGUGUUUUUUUUUUGACUCAGAUACCAUACAAUAUUGUCAAGUUUAUCAGAGCAGUGGAUGUGAUCUAUUCAUUUAUAAUUAUGUGUGAGGCCAGUAAAAACCUGGACAUUGCCAUUCUCAUCACAGAAAGUGCAGCCCUUUUCCACAGUUGUUUAAAUCCUAUUGUUUAUGCCUUUGUUGGAGCUUCUGUUAAAAACCAUCUCCUAAAACUGCUAAAAAUGAUAAGUUCACAUAAAAGAACACACAGGGAACAAACUGUUGAAAUAUCUCUUAAUUCCCAUUCAAAUACUGAAAACACCAUCAGUUUCACAAUUUAAAGAGGUACUGACCAGGUGAGACAAGACAAUAUUUCAAACAAAUAAAAUAUUGUGCUUUAUCUGUAGAGCUUGGUAAUUAGGCAAGUUAAGAAAAAGCCAUCUUUCAAAUAGUAUAAUCACCUUCAUAAUUUCAAAGGACUGAACUGCCACUGAACUUUGACUUCCAAUGAUAAUGCACAACCAACAUUAAACAAUUCACAUGGAGCAACUUUUCAAAAAAUGCUACUUUAGAAUUUACCUCUGAACGGUACAGCAAUAAAUUAUUUUAAAUAUAGGUAUAUGUGGUUCCAUUAAAUGAGAAUAUUUCAUAUGACAAAUACAUGACUUAUUAUAAUUUUACUUUACAAACAAAAUACAAUUGUGUAGUGAUUAGACAGGCUGGAAUUGCCAGGGACACCAUGAUACAGCACUGCUUUAUCUUUGUCACCAUACGAUAAUACUGCCACCUUUUGUGUUUUGCAGUUCAGGAGUAUGAAUUUGUGAUGUAAUGUAUAUCAUUUUUUAAUCAAAUAUUUAUUGAUAAUCACCAACAGAAAAUAUUCAUAAUUAUUUUUAAGCAGUAGUAAAAUGAAAUGAGCAAUAAUAGUGCUGGUAAUAAGCAAUAAGAGACUCCCCCUUGAUGCAAAACCUAUCCAACCCAACCCAUCUCUGUAAAGAACUAAAACCACAAGUGAGGAAGCCUGAGCGAAACCAGGAAGAAAGUACACCCUUGCGUACAGCAGGCCAUAAAGUGGAGAAGAUUCACAAUUGAGAUUGCAAAGUCAAUAACUAGUCACCCAAGUACAAAACAUUAACACCAGAGGUUGUCAUUUUGGAAUAUUGGAUCCAGAUGAUUCGUAUAUUCAGACAGCCAAGACUUAAAAAUAGGUGAGAUUAAAAAACUGGUCUUUUAAAGCAAGAGUAAAAGAGAUGGAACCUUCUCACUUCCAGCAAGAGGCAAGAGCUAACUCUGCAGCAAUUGUGCCAGAGGUGAACAUCCACAGCUGGACAUGACUGAGGGAAAGAGAAAAGUGAUCCAACAAUGUAUUAGUAUUUUCAUAUUUCUCUACAGGAAAAAAAAAAAAUCUGCUAAUCAAUUAUAUCUAAAAAGAUGUAAAUUCUUCCCACAUAUAGUGUAUAUGUAUUUUUUUUCUAGAAAUGUAAAGCAUCUCAACAGUCUCAAUGACAUAUUGUCAAACAUUAGUUCCGAAUGAUACCUUGUGUUGUUAUAUCUUAUGCUUGUUUUAAAAGCUGUCAACCAAUUAUUGAGAUUAGAGUAUUUAACAGUUAAAAUACAAAAUGUAUUUAUCUAGAUGUACUAAAUUUGGGUAAAGGAUUUGGGGAGUACAUACAUGUAUGCCCCCACAUUAAGUUAUACUAGAUUAUUAACAUUUUGUGCUCAGCAUUUAAUUACUUAUUAAAUGUGGCACUAACAGUAAACCAGCAAAACAUUAUGAAUAUGUUUUGGUUCUAUACAUGACAAACUGGUAGAUAUUAGAAGAUUACUAUAAGAGUGGCAAGACACCUGCCAAACUACAUGCAAACCCCACAACUUUUACACAAACAAAGCAAGCAACUUCACCCGGAGUUUCCAAGCACACUUGUUAUCUGGAGGGAAUGGUGUCAUGACAGACAAGUCCUCUAGUUAAAAGAGAGCAUAGAAUCAUAAUGGGGCUUUAACAUUCUAAAAAGGAAAGACCACCGUGUAUAACUGGACAGAAGGCUACCAUUUCAAAUGACAGCAGAAGAUCUAGAAAAUGUGAACAUUGUGUGACUAGAAGUGAUGUCCAAAGAUAAAUCAGUGAUCUGAAAAAAAUCAAGAAAUUUUGAAUAUUGCAUCUGGAGUAUUUUUGGCACACACUGAACAUUUGUAACUCAAUACUGGACAGUCAAACUAUAAAGUACAUGUAGACAUACACAGAAUUUGGAAGAAUGAAUUGGAUAGGACUUACAAGUUUUGUUAGGCUGAAUGGCCUGCUCUUGUCUAGACUGAUCUAAUGUUCUAAAAUUGUAAAUGUGUCAGUGCUAUAUUAUGACAUAGUACUUCAUUUUAAUUGUACUAUGCUUUCAAGAUUGAAUAUUGCAUAUUAAGUUAUUCUUUCUUUGUAACAUGGUGAAAAACAAAAAAUGAACCCAAAUGCCUGACUUAAAUGUGAACAAAGCAUUUUGUAUCAGAAACCCUGCAACUGUGCUCACAUUAGCAGUUGCCAUCAAUCCUGUUAAAUGCUGUAAAUAAGUGACCUUGUUUACAUCGUAUUUCUGUUGGCACAAAAGGGAAGAAAAAAAACUUUUCUCUAAUUUAUUGAGGAUACACUUGCUUUAAAAAUGUAAUAUUAUUGUAAUGUAGUUUUGCCUCUCAGUUCUAGAGGAUAGAAGAUAAUACAUACAUACAUACAUACAUACAUACAUACAUACAUACAUACAUACAUACAUACAUACAUACAUACAUACAUACAUAAGCCACACAGAAAAGAAUGUGCCAAGUGGAUGAACACUUCAGAAACACUUUCAUUCUUUACUGGACUCAGCUGUUGAAUAUCAUUUUAAAUCAGCAAUAUGACACUUGAAGGAUUAUUAUAAAAAAUGAUUAUGGAAGCAGGAUGGCUAAAAAUAUUACUCUCUUAAACUGUGUCUGGAUAGGAAAGGGACGGAAAAAAAAAUGAAAUUUUAUCAGUUAAGCCAACAGUUUUGUUUCCAUUUCAGGGAUUUUAAUUCCUCCUAGAACCUUAUAUUUCAUUGUGGCAUAACCAUUCUUUUUGCCAGGAUUACACAACCAGUUUUGUAAACUAUUUUUAAACAUAAACGACUUGUAUAAAUGCCAUAGUUGCUUCACCAUUUCUGUGCAAGUUUUAACAUAUUUUGCAUAAAAUACUAUCAAGCGAAAACAAAAAAAUUACCAAGUACAGGCUUGAUCAUGCAAAUAAUUAGACUGAAUAAAAUGUUGCCAAUGAAUUCAGCAAAAUAACAUAACUAAUCCUCAUGUGCUAAAGGAGCUGACUCAUUCAAAGGAGACAUACAUAUUACUACUGUUACAAUAAAUAAAUGAACAGCACAGUAUUUGGCUCUGAUGCCACACAGAUACAGCACUCUGGGUUUGAAUUCUGUGCCUCAUCAAGCCUUUCUAAAGUUUGCAAAUUCUGCAUGCUGGGUUUUUCAAGGGGUCCUCCCGUUUGCAUGCCAUAUGUCCAAAAAUUGCUGUGUAAGUUUAGCUGGUGACUAUAAAUAGGCCCUGUGUGAGUUGUACCUGAGUGGCCUUUGCAAUAGACCAGUUUACUAUGCAUAAUAAGCUCUGGCCUUGACACCCUGAACUGUGUUGAGGUAGAUUAAAAAUCUGAUGUUAUGACUUAUUACAGUACAUAAAUGACUAAAUUAUAGAAUAUUAAAAAAGCAAAAUUGAAAGUAACAUGUUCUAUAAUCACAAAUGUAAUUAAUACUAUGGACAAACACUUCAUAGUGUGCAAAAGACAAAAGGGCAAAAAGAAAGACUGAGUUGAACAUUAAGUACAGAAAUGUUUACUUUUAGACUUGGUUUUUAUGCAUAUAUUUUAUAAGAACUGCAUAUGUAUUUUACUAAAUAUCUUUGUAAAAGAAUUAAUUGUUAUUUGUAAUAAUUCACCAAUUAGUAAAAUAAUUUAUAAGUUCAUGU